UCGAUCAAAAAUAAAGUGUGGAUUUUAUAAGCAAUAUCAACUGAAUUCUUUUUUUGUAUAUAAAAUAUGUUUAACUCCUAACAUCAUUCUAUCAUAAAUUUAUUUAGGCUAAAAUGGUGGAACCAGCUGUUUCUGAUGUGGAUCCGUUGGGAGCCUUUUCUUACUUGUCUCAUUACCACUAUGGUCAGUUUCCAAACACAAUUAACCCAACAUAUCAGUUUGCUGUUAAACCAGAAGAAUUCUACACAUUACCUCCAAGCAGUACUUCUAAUAAUUCCAACUAUGUAAAUACAACUCCCACAGCUCACAUUCAAAGUGAGAAACAACCAGAUACAACUGUAAACUUUGAUAUAAAACCUUUUUUAAAAACCAAUGGCAAAGUUAAAAAAGAGAAAAAAAGCUUUGUUUCUCAAAAAAUAACACAAGAAGGAUAUCCAUUCUAUGGCUGUGCUGUUUGUAAUAUAAGUUUUCCGACACUUAGAGAAUUAGAUUCACAUGUUGCAACACACAAAGGUAGAACAACUAGUUACGAUUUAAGAGUGAAGAAUGCAUUGAAAAAGAAAAGAUUAAAAAAGGAACAGAAAAAAUUAAAGAAAAUGAAAAAAGAGACCUGCCUGCCUGAUAUUGAUAUUAAACCUGAAGAUGGUUAUAUUGGUAAUGAGAAAGCAACAGAAUUUGGUUUGAACAACAAUGAUGUGAAAAACAAAAGCAAUCCAGAAGAACUAAAACCCCAAGAAAAGUCAACAGAAUCCACAAAUUUAGAAAAAAUUUAUAAAUGUUUUGCCUGUCAGAAACAGUUUAUAUUAAGUUAUUAUUUGAAGUUACAUGUUAGAUCACAUACAGAUGAAAAGCCAUACACCUGUGAACAAUGUGGGCAAUCCUUUAUAACUGCUAGCAAGCUCGGACGACAUAAUAAGAGAUUUCAUUUAUCUGUCCAAUAUCAGUGCAGAAUUUGUUAUAGAAAGUUUUACAGAUUUGAAAUCCUAACGCGACAUUUUGAUAAAAAACACGCUGAUGACAAAUUAGAAGGUGAACCAUAUGACUUCAAUGCAAUAUUACCAUACUUAAAAGAAUUGGAAGAACAACUACGCGAAAAACAAGAAAUGGAGAAAACUAAGUCGAAAGAUGAUAUAUGGUCUAACGAAUGGCCAAGUCCGAUAAUAGAAAAUGAGAAAGAAGAUAUUAAAGAGACUAAGAAAGAAGUAGAAGAUAAGAAUUUAGAAAUAGAAGUUGUGAAAGUGCCUAUGGAUGAUGUUGAAAUUAAAGAAGAAAUUGAGGAUGUUGAUUAUAAUUAUGAUGAUGCGGUUAAUGAUAAUGGAAUUACUGAUGAUACAAAUCAUGAUUUGAAUUAUAAUGAGGCUAAUGAUAAUGAUAGAGACGACGCAAGUGUUAAUAAUGACGAUUCAGACGAAGACUAUUUCCCAUCAAACACGUGGUUGAAACCAGAGGAGCCGUUGGAAAUAACAACGAACGGCGUCAAGUGUCCCGUGUGCGAUAAAAGUCUAAGUACGGCGUCGUACAUGCGCGUGCACAUGCGUACGCACACGGGCGAACGUCCGUUCAAAUGCUAUAUUUGUGAUAUGGGCUUUAUAACGGCGAGCAAAAUGCACAGACACGUCUUGACACAUCCGGAGUCGUUGAAGGAUGAAGUCAAAUCGGAAAAUGAUGGGAACAACGAAAAGGAUGAUGGGGAUAAGGAGAAAGUGAAAAAGGCUGUCAAGAAGUUAUCGAAGAAAAUCAACGAAAAGUCCAAGAAAUAUCGGAAAAGGCCUCACGCGUGUGAAUAUUGUCAUAAAAGGUUUUUGCAUCUGCAUACAUUACAGAUCCAUAAAAAAUCCCAUGAAGGCGAAGAAAUUAAAUAUAGAUGCCACUACUGUCUUCUAGAAGUCGAGGAUGAAGAGAAUCUGAAGGUUCACGAAGGGAGCCAUACAGGACCAAAGCCCUACCAAUGUACUGUAUGUGAUAAGUUGUAUAAAAAGAGAGAAAGUAUGCUUUAUCAUAGAAAAAAUCACAAGCCCGAACGGGAAUUCAUAUGCGAUAUAUGUACGAAAUCUUUUAACGCACAGUGCAAACUGCAAAGGCAUAUAAUAAGCCAUAGUGUGGAUAAAUAUAUGCUGAAGUACGAGUGUCCUGUCUGUGCGCAUAUGUUUAAUACAAAAUAUCACGUCCAGAUGCAUUUGUCCACACAUCAGCGGGAAGGAGUGAUACAAGAAGAAAAUCGCAACGAAAUCCUGGCUAUGGUCUUACAAAACGCGCGUAGAAUUCCCCGCAAGGGCGAGACACACAACUUGACGGACGUCAUACCGUCGGACGAGCGAAGCCGCGUGUGCAACAUAUGCGGCGAGGUGUUCCAGCACUUCUAUUACCUCGAGGAGCACCUGAAAUCCCACGGCUCCAAGAUCGCGAUAGAGAACAUCGACAAAGAGGAGGAGAAGAAAUAUAUUUGUGAAGUUUGUAAUAAAGCUUUCAAGUUGCAUUAUUAUUUGAAAUUGCACAGCUUCACCCACACAAAGGAGAAGCCGUUUAUUUGCCAGCAGUGCGGGAAGGGCUUCAUCACCAGGGGGAAGCUGAAGCGGCAUUUGGAGACUCAUACGGGAUUAAAGAAAUACCAAUGUCAUAUUUGUUGUAAGUUCUUUACGCGGCCGAGUUAUUUGAGGGUUCAUGUGAGGACUAUACAUGGUGCUCAGUUGGUUAGGUUGGGGCUUAGGACGUAAACUUGAGUGAGUGCUGCUUCUCAGGACUUGAGGUAUCUAAUGGUUCUUCGUAUCAAUGAUAUGACGUAAUAGUUUACAUAAAUGUCAAGCCGAGACGGUUAUGUUCUCGCACAGACUAUGUCAGAUUUCGAAUAAAAAGUUUGACAGGUCCUAGAUUGAAGUUUGUGACGUUCAUAGACUGUACCACUCACUUAGGUAAGUUUUAUUACGCUUGGAACCACACAAUGGAAUUGAAAAAUUGUCAAUAAAAAGAGCAUAACGAUUUAUACAAUGUUUUAACAGAUUAAAAGUGUAAAUUUUAUUUUAAAUAACGUAAAUUGCGGGUACUAGGUUAGGGUGGCGGUAUUACACCGUUCAACUUACGAAUGGCCGUCGUUAACCAUGAUUUUGACAAAGAAUUUAAGGGAUUUUGUUACAGAACAGGCAAACGGGCAGGAGGCUCAACUGGUUUUAAUGAUACCACCACCCGUGGUCACUCAAUUCCAGCACCCGUUUGCCCAUGUUCAAUAAAAAAUGAAAUUCAUUCUUAUAUUUUGACGUGUUUCGCAUUUAAAUAAGAUAUAGUGUCAAACUUGGUGUGUUAGAUAUUCUGAGAGUGUGUAUUGUACUGCUCUAUGGCCUAUUAUGACGGUAAUACGUAAGUCGAAUGAGUACUGUGUGAGUAUUGUAAGACAUUAUGAUGUAUAGCAAUAAUUAUUUUUAGAUUUCGUCACUUUGUUGAUAUUUGUAUAAAGCGAUUAAAAUAUUAAGUUUUUAA